AUGAAACGCCUAUGCGAGGAGGUAGCGUCGGGAAGCAAGACGGUCCAGGACUUCUUGGCUGCUGAUUCCAUUGAGGAUGAUGAUGAGGAAGAGGAGGAAGAGGAGGAGCUGGAGGAGGAGCAGGAUACUCUACUAGGAGACAUCCAUUGGGUACUCACUGUUCCUGCAAUAUGGGACAAUUCAGCGAAGCAAUUUAUGAGACUUGCAGCUAAGGAGGCUGGAAUUUCGCCAGAAAAAAUGACGAUUGCGUUAGAGCCUCAAGCGGCGUCAAUAUAUUGGCAAAACUGUCCAGUUGACGCAGGUGCAUCAAGCGAUAUUUCACCCUGCCGACCAGGAAAACAAUAUGUAGUCAUAGAUGCAGGAGGGAACGAUGCAAUGUACAAAAUAAAGAAUGAGUACACGGAGGACUACCUCAAGAUGCUGCGAUCUUUUGAAAUAGAGAAAAGAGAAACUAAUUUAAAAUCUGAAGGGAUAGUUACACUCAGGAUUCCUCGUGUAGUUGUCGAUCUAAUGGUUCAAAACGAAUGGAAACAAAUAAUACAGACGUCUAAUUACGCGCGAAAAAUCAAUUUAUGUGGGGACAGACUUCGGCUUGACUACGACUUAUUCCGAUCGUUCUUUAAGGGCUCAGUUGACAGUAUCUUGCAACGUCUCUCUGUUUUGAAUUCGAAUCCUGAGAUGUCAGAUGUUGAAACAAUCCUGAUGGUGGGAGGAUACUCUGAGUCACCGAUAUUACAAGAAGCCAUUAAGAAAAAGUUCCCGAACAUAAAAAUCAUCGUUCCUCCGGAUGCGGGUCUAGCUGUUAUUAAGGGAGCGGUUAUCGUUGGCCACUGUCCGAUCGUCAAUAAAGAGAGCUUGUCUACAUACACGUAUGGUACGGAUUAA